GUCACUUCCGGUUUCUCGAUGCCGAGGUGAAUGUUCCAGAGUAAUGGCGGCAUGCCGGGGUUCCUCGUCAAAAUGGUUUUUCAGCCGAGAACAGCUAGAAAACACACCCUCACGCCGAUGUGGAGUGGAAUCAGACCGGGAGCUCUCCUAUCGACAACAAGCGGCUAAUCUGAUCCAGGACAUGGGUCAGAGGCUCAACGUCUCUCAAUUGACAAUAAACACAGCUAUCGUUUACAUGCAUAGAUUUUAUAUGCAACAUUCUUUCACCAAAUUCCAUAGAAAUAUAAUAUCCCCAACCACCUUGUUUUUGGCUGCAAAAGUUGAAGAGCAACCCCGGAAGCUUGAGCAUGUAAUCAAAGUAGCACAUGCUUGCUUAAAUCCACAGGAACCUCCUCUAGACACGAAAAGUAAUGCAUACCUCCAGCAAGCUCAAGAGCUGGUGAUACUUGAAUCCAUUGUGCUGCAGACCCUGGGCUUUGAAAUUACUAUUGAUCACCCACACACUGAUGUGGUGAAAUGUACCCAGCUAGUGCGAGCAAGCAAGGAUCUGGCACAGACUUCCUAUUUCAUGGCUACCAACAGUUUGCACCUCACCACCUUCUGCCUCCAGUACAAGCCCACAGUGAUCGCCUGUGUGUGCAUACAUCUGGCUUGCAAGUGGUCCAACUGGGAGAUCCCGGUUUCCACUGACGGGAAACAUUGGUGGCAGUAUGUUGACAACACGGUGACUCUGGAGCUGCUUGAUGAGCUGACCCAUGAGUUUCUGCAGAUUCUGGAGAAAACUCCAAGCAGGCUAAAGAGAAUCCGAAACUGGAGGGCAACACAAGCUGCCAAAAAGCCUAAAACUGAAAACACGGCGUCAGGAGAUACCACAUAUGCUGGACCAUCGUUGCUUCAUGACCACAGUGACGCAGCGCUUCAUGGAGUUUCCUCUUCCAACCCAAGUUUUUCCAAAGCAUGUGCUGCCUUUUCUGUACCCAUGACCGGACAUUCCAGAGGAAUCCCCUUAUCUCUGGACAACAUGGCUGCAACGUUUAAUCCAGCUAGCCAUGGUGAAUGGCCUCAGGUUAACCAGAGCCAUAUAGGGUACCCCUCCACUUGUGUCAAACAGGAACCGCUCAGCCUCCCUAUCCAUGAAUCCAUGCUGUCAUUGCAGACUUCUUCCUCCUCCUCUCUGCUCCAGCAACCACUGCCUUACAAGACUGAAAAAAUAGAUUUAAACCUUGUUAAACAAGAGAAAGUAAGUAGUGGCAGUGGAGCAGGCAAACAACACCCAGCACCUCAGUCUUACCCCAUUUCCACUCAGCCUCCUCCUGUUCAGAAGCUUUCUCUAGAUAAAUACAGAGAGAAACAUUCUGUGGAGUACACUGUCCAGAAACGUAGACAGGAACACCAUGGAGGAGUAAUGGACUGUGAUGUAAAAGGAGAUCAGGCCUCUUCUAGCUAUGCACCAGCCAACAUUUCCCAGAUAGAGCAUAGGAAACAUGCUCAGGCCCACCAAGCCUCUCACAGCAGCACUACAGCCUCCCAAUCGAAAAUGAAAAUCCCUCCUGCCUCAGCUUCAGGACAAGACCGACGCCAUCAUGGAGACAAAUGGGACAAAGGCACACUUAAGGUUCGCCUGCCCGUCCCCGGGUCCAGCGGCAGCUCUCAGCCAGAGAAAAGCGGACAUCAGAGCAAGGACGAGUUUAAGAUGAAGAUCAAAGUCUCAUCAUCAGAGCGGCACAGCUCGUCAGAUGAAGGCAUUUCUGCCAACAACAGCAAGAGCAAACAUUCCAGCCCCCUGGUGAGCAAAGAAAAGCACCGCGGCACAGAACACCACCUCCAUCGCUCCCACAAGCACAGUGGCAACGGGCGAGGGGGUUUAGAGGGUGCAGCCUUGAUGCGUGUUCCUCCAGGGCUGGUCGCUAUGGAAGGAAUGCCACUCGGCCAUCCCGCAUCUGCCUCUUUGUCAUCUUCAUCGCGAAAGAGGGUCUAUCCUGAGGUCGGCCACAACCACCACCCCUCAUCCUCGAGCUCCAAAGUGAGCAAAAUCUCCAAGAGUGGCACUAGUGCUACAGGUGGGCUGCGGACCUCUGAGCAGUUCCUUCGUCCUGGCGAAUCGCCACACGAAGUGGGAGAGCAGAGACACUGAGUCCGCCGCCCUUCAGCCAUGGCCUGCACAUGGAAAUGGCAUCAAACUACCGACCACUGAGACUUUCAAGAAUAUGCUGACCUCUUUGUCAAGUGCCCUAAGAAAUAAUGCUUGUGAAUAUGAACCCUUUACU